AUGUUCGGCCUCCGCCGCACUUGCGCCCUCGCACUCCUCCUCCUCGCACUCGGUGUCGCUGCCCAGGAUCCAGCAGCCACCGACGGCACCGAUACCGACACUGGUACAACCGACGGCGACACGGGUGGGGACACUGGGACUAGCGUCACGACAGACGGCUCAGGCAUGGGCAUGUCACCCUCGCCAGGCCCCACGCCCACCGGCACUACUCCUGCAGAUUCCGGAGUCGUCCCAUCUGGUGGCGUUACAACAAACGGAACGGCGGGCACCAACGGCACUGCUGGCCGUCCGGGCGACCCGAACUGGAACACAACCUACUUUUACAUGCCUGACCGUAGAAGAGACGGAUACUGGGUCAAUGGUAUCGCAAAUGUUGCGGCUUGGAGUCCCGUCCCCGACCCAGCCGACAUCAUUCUCGUCAACACUGCCAACGCUCAGUUUGCCCAGAAGGUCGUGUACAAGGAUAUUCCCGGUGGUGUCCAGAACGUCAAGGUCACAAUCAACGACAUCCCCGUCGGCUCAGGCUAUGUAGUCUGGCUCGUCGAGGCUGGUACGACCACCAAGCUUGGCCAGUCGUUUGGUUUCUCCAUUAAGGCGGCCGGUGAGGAACCGGGCAGCACAGCGACGACGCCAUUUGCCGUACCGUCCUUUAACCCCAACCCCAAUGGCGAGGCGAACGGCGCCGGCGGCUCGGCAGCCUCCAACGGCGCCAUAGUGGCUGCGGCAAAGAUGAUGACACCGAGCGCCCUUGGCAUUGGCGCCGGUGCGCUCCUCGGCUUGGCGGCCGCCAUGUCGGCGAUGUAG